CUGCCUGUCCAAUCCAAUGGACAUACGGAAGCUCUUGAAAGCAUCUGCGGGCGCGAAGAAUCUCAAAUUUGGGAAAGCCAUUCACGCACAUUUGAUCGUCUCUAAUCAAAUCUCUCGAGACAGAGUGAUCGAGAGGAACUCCGUCAUCAAUUUGUACUCGAAAUGCGGCGAUGUAUCAAGUGCUCGCAAGGUGUUCGACAAAAUGCCGAAGAAGAACAUUGUUACUUAUGGCAGUAUAAUGGCUGGUCAUUUGCACAAGGGGGAUGGUCCAGAAGUAAUACACCUGACAAAAACCAUGAUCGACGUGCACAAGCUAUCUCCCAAUAAGUACAUACUGGCUACAAUUCUGUCGUCGUGCGCGAAUUCCGGCUUCCCCGAUGAUGGCCGGCGAUGGCACGGGUUCGCCUUCAAGUCUGGAUUGAUCUUUCAUCAGUAUGUCAAGAAUGCGCUCGUGCAUAUGUAUUCGAUGUGUUUGGAUGCGAAGGAGGCCAUAAAGGUUAUGAAUUUCACCCCUGGAUUGGAUAUUUGCACGUAUAACACGGUGUUAAAUCGACUCCUGGAUCAGGGAGAUGUAGCCGAAGCGAGGGUUGUAUUGUUUGCUAUGUUUGUCGAAUGCAGAUACGACGGGUGGGAUACUGUAACUUGCGUUAACAUGUUGGGAGCCUGUGGAGGUUUCGAGGAUUUACAUUUGGGACGACAGGUUCAUGGGAGAGUGCUAAAGACCGGCGUCGAUGGUGACUGUUUUGUUGGCAGUGCAGCAGUUGAUAUGUACGGAAAAUGCGGCGAAAUCUCAUCUGCGAGGAAGUUCUUCGAUGCUCUGCUCGCCAAGAAUUCCGAAAAUGAGGUCACCUGGACGGCGGCGCUGGCUGCUUAUUUACAGAACGAGUUCUUCGAAGAAGCGUUGAAGCUGUUUACGAAAAUGCUUCUUCGAAAAGUCGCCCCCAACGAGUGUACGUUCGCGGUGGUUUUGAAUGCGUGCGCAGCUGUGUCAGCGCUCGGGUACGGGAACUCGUUGCACGCGCGUGUCGAAAAGAUCGGGAUGAAGGACUACGCCGUCGUAGGCAAUGCUUUGAUCAAGAUGCUGUCGAGAUGUGGUUUAGUCGAAGAAGGUUACGCCGUUUUCAAUAACAUGUCGUGCCGGGACGUCGUGUCGUGGAAUUUGAUGAUAAAUGGUUACUCGUCAAACGGGCUCGGCGAGGAAGCCCUGAAUGUGUUCCGACAGAUGAUUAGAUCAAAACGUCGCCCGAGCUACGUGACAUUCGUGGGAGUGCUUUCUGCAUGCGCAUCGUCGAGACGAGUAGACGAAGCUUUCGAGUAUCUAAACUCGAUGCCGACGGAGUUCGGGAUCGAUCCGGGGAUCGAGCACUACACCUGUAUCGUCGGGCUUCUGUCUCGGGCGGGGAGGCUCGACGAGGCCGAGAAUUUCAUCCGAUCGAACCCUGUACGAUACGAUGCUGUCGCGUGGAGGACUUUGCUCAACGCGUGCUACGUCCAUCAAAAUUACGGUUUGGGGAAGAAAAUCGUUGAGGCUGUGCUGGAAUUGAAUCCAAACGAUAGCGGCGCGUGUAUCUUGAUCUCGAAUAUGCACGCGAAAGCUCGAAGAUGGGAUAAAGUUGUGAAGAUUCGGAGGCUGAUGAAGGAGAGGAACAUGAAGAAGGAGCCCGGGUUGAGCUGGAUCGAGAUCGGGAACAGCACGCACAUCUUCGUUCCAGACGACCGGAAACAUGUCGAGUCUGCUAAAAUCCGCGACACGGUGAAGGAGCUGCUGUCCGAAAUCAAGAACAUUGGAUACGCCCCCGACACAAGCUCCGAGCUCCACGACGUCGACGAAGAACAGAAGGAGGAUCUCCUGAGUUAUCACAGCGAGAAGUUGGCGAUAGCGUAUGCGCUGAUGAAGACACCCCGGGAAGCGCCGAUCCGCGUGAUGAAGAACCUGAGGAUGUGCGACGACUGCCACUCGGCUGCUAAGUACAUCUCAAAGCACGCGAAGAGGACGAUCAUUGUGAGAGACGUUAGCCGGUUUCACAGGCUCGUCGACGGCCGCUGCUCUUGCGCUGAUUAUUGGUGAAAAUACGAAAUGCUCGAGUUCGACGCGACGGGGAAGUUCUUCUUCGAUGUCGUGAUUGUACAAGUUAGUAUCAUUCUUACCGUUCAAUACUACGUUAGUGUUCAUAUAAAGUAGGGUAAACUGAUUUUUUUAGUCCCGCAUCCGCCCAUUUUAUCAUUUUAAGACUUUAAAAAGUAAAUUUUUUUCACUAAAAUGGUCAUCCGGUGCCGAACUUACCACGCUGGUCCGUCGUUGCUGACGUGACUGAUAUAUUAUCGCCACUAGAUGCCAUGUUGGACCAUUUUAGCGAAAAAAAUUUAAUGGACUAUUUUUAGAUAUAACCAUUUAAAGUUCUAAAAAUGAUAAAAGUUGAUGACAUGUCAGCCGCGUCAGCGCCAUGUUAGCAACGGCGGGCCAACAUGGUGAGUCCGGUACCGGAGGACCAUUUUAGCGAAUUAUUUUUUUUUACUUACGGGACUAUUUUUCAGACAUGAUUCACUU